UGCCGGUGCCGGAAGCCGGGAGGUGGCGCGGGGCCGGCGGUUCUAGCAGUUUCCACGGGCGGUCGGAGCGGCGGCGGCGGGACCCAUGGCCAAGUGGGGGGAGGGAGACCCGCGGUGGAUCGUGGAGCAGCGGGCGGACGCCACCAACGUCAACAACUGGCACUGGACGGAGCGGGAUGCGUCCAACUGGUCCACGGAGCGGCUGAAGGCGCUGCUGCUGCCCGUCAGGGUGGAGGGCGAGGAGGGCGCCUGCGAGGUGACCGAGGUGAGCAAGCUGGACGGGGAGGCCUCCAUCAACAACCGCAAGGGAAAGCUCAUCUUCUUCUACGAGUGGGCCAUCAAACUGGCCUGGACGGGCACCUCGACCACAGGAGUGAAGUACAAAGGUUACGUGGAGAUUCCUAAUCUCUCGGAUGAGAAUGACAUUGAUGAAGUGGAGAUCCUUGUCAGCCUUGCUAAAGAUGAGCCUGACACUGACUUGAAGACCCUGAUGAAGGAAGAAGGUGCAAAAAAAAUCAGAGAAGCAAUAAAAACUUACAUUAGCACUCUUAAAACAGAAUUCACCCAGGGCAUGAUACUGCCCACAGUGAAUGGUGAACAUACGGACACAGCACCUCAGGUGGCACCUAAAGUGAAAGACAACAAGACGGCUGCUAGCAGCAGUACUGCCACAGCACAGUCCAAGUCCAUAGGAGUCAAGAUCCCUACGUGUAAGAUCAGCUUGAAGGACACGUUCUUAACAUCUCCUGAAGAGCUCUACCGGGUGUUCGUUACUCAAGAGAUGGUCCAAGCUUUCACCCACGCAAACGCAGCCCUGGAGGCUGAAAAAGGAGGCAAGUUUCAGUUGCUGGAUGGCAGUGUCACAGGAGAGUUUGUUGACCUAGUCCCUGAGAAGCAACUUGUUAUGAAAUGGAGAUUUAAGUCUUGGCCAGCUGGGCACUUUGCAACAAUUACCUUGAAUUUCACUGACAAAGGUGGUGAGACAGAGGUGUGCUUGGAAGGCAAGGGAAUUCCUGCCAGUGAGGAGGAGAGAACAAAGCAAGGCUGGCAGCGCUACUACUUUGAGGGUAUUAAACAGACAUUUGGCUAUGGUGCCCGCUUGUUUUAAUAAUGGUUGUUAAGAAGAUGAUGCCUGAAGAUCUCUGCCACGUGGACUGAUAAAUUUCUCACCUCUCCCUUUCUAAUCUUGGCCCUGCUGCUGGGUAGAGUGGGAUGACAGGUGAUGAGGAAAGCCAUUGAGCAGCACCACUUUCAGUCCCUCGCUGCUUCAUGCAUGUCUCGUGCUGCAGGGGAUUCUCUUACAUGUACAUACUUCUAUUGCUAAAUAAACCUAACUUAAAAAAAAAAAA